CAUGGCAACAGCAGCAGCAGCAGGAGAAGCGGUGUUAUAAACAUUUCAAACGGCGCAUCUCUCGCCAAACAGCGUUGUACUCCGUGAAGGCUGGACCACGAACGCUGUGCGGAUAUCAUCACUGCUAAGGUGAUGAGUGGGAUUAUAUCAUGUCUGAAGUACAGGGAACACUGGAGUUUUCUGUAGAGUUGCACAAGUUUCACAAUGUGGAUCUCUUUCAAAGGGGGUUCUACCAGAUACGAGCAGGGCUGAAGGUCUCGCCUCGAGUGCCCCACAGGUUGAUACCAUCAACACAAGACAAUACAGCAGGAGAAUGCAGCUUCAGCUCGGCGGGGGUUUACGACGGCACAGUGUUCAGCCGGAUAUUUCAGAUCCUUUACAGGAAUGAGGAAAUUACAGUUAACGACUGUAUGAUCUUCAAAGUCCACCUGCUAUUAGACGGAGAAAGGGUGGAGGAAGCCUUGAGUGAGGUGGACUUUCAGAUGAAGCUGGAUCUUCAUUUCACAGACAACGAGCAACAGCUGGCAGAGAUAGCGACUGUGCCGUUGAUCAGCAGUCGGACCCUCAGCCUCCACUUCCACCCGCGGAGAGGCCUCCACCACCACGUCCCUGUCAUGUUCGACUACUUCCACCUGUCCGUCAUUUCUGUCUCCAUACAUGCUUCACUGGUUGCCUUACAUCAGCCGCUAAUCAGCUUUGCACGUACAGGGAAGGGCUCCUGGCUGGGGAAGGGCUCUCCAGAGAGCCCGAGUGACCCAUCUGCCAUGUCUGUAGAGAACCUCGUGUUCGGAGCUGGCUACUGUAAGCCCGUCAUCUCUGAGGGGAGCUUUUAUGUGGCCAGUGAAAACUGUCUGCAGAGAGCUCAUACGUGGCACCGGAGGCUCUGUCGCCUCCUGUUGGUCGCACACAGAGGCCUGCACACCUACCACUCUGCACUGAUGAAGGAGAUCCCUCAGCUGCAGCAGACUCCUCUGGACUCAGAGGAGCUGGCUGUCGAAGAAACUCUAAAUCAGCUCACAAUAGAGCUGCAGCUGCAGGAAGGCCAUGAGAGGGUAGCGGAGCAGAUCAGCAGGGACGUGAGCCAGCUCUGCUCCCAGCUGGCUGCUCUGUGGAGCCGCUUCCUGGAGGCCGCUGUGCUCAACCCCCACAUCCUCUCCUAUCUGGCCCAGGAGCAUCACACGCUCAGGGUCAGGAGGUUCUCAGAGGCAUACUUCUUCACUGAACACUCCAAAGAGAUAUCUCUGACUUUUCAAGAGGAACUAAUCAACAGACAUGGCCAGAUAGCUUCAGAAGUGCGGAGCUCGGACUACCUGACCAAGAUGCCUCCUUUACCCGUUGAGUGCCUGGACAUCGAUGGAGACUGGAACAGCCUGCCCAUCAUCUUUGAAGACAGAUACGUGGAGUUUCCUCAAACUGAGUGUGUAUCACAUGUGCCAACCACUGACGGGCAGACCAACUCAGGUCCCGGCAUCACUCGGGCCAACGGGAUUUUUGAAAGGGGCCAGAGAGCCAGAUCACCAGCAAUACCCAAGGAUCCCUUGGACAGUGAUGACUGUAUGGACCUGCCCACAUAUGUCUCACUCAUGGCAGAGCAGAGUAAGACAAUCACUAACAUCAGAAGUACCCACAACCUCAUCCCUACCAAGGACAGUGCUGGACCCUCACUAGCAGAGGGCAGACACUUGAAGGAACCAGAGGAAAAACAAGACCAGUUUGAGGAGAGCUGUAACCCAGGCCUGAGGUACAGCGCAGUUAAGGCUUGUGAUGUGGAUCCAUGUCGAGGAGAAGCAGUCUCCUCAAACCACAAUCCCCUCAUUGACUCCAAAACUAGCAAUGAUGAGUCUCCUCAUCAUCAUGUAACAGAAAGUACCGUCCAACUUUGCGACGCCACAAAUGACAGCAAUGCAAGAGAAAGUGAAAACAAUGAAGAGGAGUCUGAUAUUGCCAUGCCAUUAAACCACUCCAUGGAUGAUGAGAGUGAGGAUGCUCCUCUCGCCAGCCUACCCACUGCCUAUGCACAUCCAGUUAUACCUCCUUUCCCAGGUGAUCUUAGAAAAGAGAUGACUCACCGUGGAGGCCUGGUCGGCUCCAAAAUCAUGAAGCGCUCGUCCUCUGUUAUUUCCGACUCAGGUAUCGAGAGCGAGCCCAGCUCAGUGGCCUGGCCCCUGGAGGCCGCACUGCGACGCCAACCUCCUCUUGACUUCUCCAGUGAACGGGAGAUCCCACAGCAAAUAGUGCGUCACCACCCGGUGCAUCGCUGCUCUCUGGAAGGCCUGCAGAUGGAACGCAAUGGCAGUGGAGGUAUACAAGCCUCCCUCACCUCUAUUAGCUCCCUGCCCUACGAAGAGGACCAGCAUCAGAGGCAGCUCAGCAAACUGACAAAGUCGGUCUCUGCGCCGCAGAUCAGCAGCCCUGAAGACACUGAGGAGGACCGUGAGCUCAAACAGAAAACAGAUACUAAGAGCUUAGUGCAACAUUCAUUGCAAAUCAACUGCUCUUCUUUGAACAGCAACCUGGAUUCGGAGCCAUCAGAAUUAUCUCUAUUAGAUCAGAGUUCAGCGGUAAAUCUUAUCCUCAAGGAGAAUAUAAGCUCUGAAAAGUCUGCACAGUAUCUGUCAGAGACGUACAGAACCAAGUCAGUGUUAAGUGGUGUGUCUGAAGUGUUGCUUUUACAAGAGUCUGUUGAAAGCCCUCAUGUGAAGGAAAGUGCUGUUAUUGGCAGCCAGGAGGAGAAUAUGAACCAUCAAACACACAUCAGUGGAGAAAGCGCCACGGUGGAGGAUGUGCAUCUCGCUGAAACGAAAGCAGUGCCCUGCAGCUGUGGAAAAAAACCAUGUGUGCAUAAAAGUGAAGUAGCUCAGGAGAGAAUUAACACUGGAGAUGAGUGCCAACAUUUCCAUCAGAGUGAACUGCUUAGUGUUGAGGUCCAGGAGUGUCUAGAUCCACUGGGGCUUCAACACACCAACGACCUCUCCAGCAGUAGGUCUACCACCACACAGAGGCCAAGUGACCUUACAGGGUUGAUAGCCAACGAUAUCGCAUCACCCGUUGACCUCAAUAGGAUUUCAGUCGGGGAGAAAGAGACUUUAGACUGCCAGACUAAGCCCGCUAAGAUCCCCAACUCAGGGCUGGCCUUUGUGAAUAAGAAGAUGGUGGAGGUGGUCAACAUGUCAGUGUCCUGUGCCCCUACUUGCCUGCCAUUCUCUUCUGCUCUGAGAGAGUCUCCAUCCAUCAAUGGGAUGUCCACUCGCCAGGCUACCUCACCUAUCACCCAUCAGCCCCUGGGCUCCUUUGGUAUCAUCUCCUCGUCUUCGCUCAAUCCCCUGAACAUGGACGACGAGACCAAUGAACGAAUGCUAAAUUUCUACAAAGCCAAAGAGGAGCUGCUGAAAGAGUUGAGCUUUCAGGCCAGCUUGUACAGCGACCUUCCUCUCCUGGCGUCAGAUCUGCCCUACUUCCCCCCCGAGGAGGACGAUGAGGAGUUUGAUGACGGCAUACACCUCGUGGUGUGUGUCCAUGGGCUUGAUGGCAACAGCGCAGACCUUCGGCUGGUGAAGACUUUCAUUGAGUUGGGACUGCCAGGCUCCAGGCUCGACUUCCUCAUGUCUGAAAGGAAUCAGAUUGACACGUUUGCAGAUUUCGACACAAUGACUGACAGGCUGCUGGAUGAGAUCAUUCAGCAUGUCCAGCUGUACAAUCUCACCAUAGGCAGGAUAAGCUUCAUCGGCCACUCUCUGGGGAACAUCAUCAUCCGCUCUGUGCUGACGCGUCCUCGCUUCCGCUGCUAUUUGCCCAAACUGCACACUUUCCUCUCGCUGUCAGGCCCACACUUGGGAACGCUGUACAACAGCAGCACAUUGGUCAGCACAGGUCUGUGGUUGAUGCAGAAGCUGAAGAAAUCAGGAUCCUUGCUGCAGCUCACCUUCAGAGAUCACGUUGAUGCACGGAAAACGUUCCUCUAUCUCCUGAGUCAGAAACCAGGGCUCCAGUUCUUCAAGAACGUGGUGUUGGUGGCAUCUCCACAGGAUCGUUAUGUUCCUUUCCACUCUGCCAGAAUAGAGAUGUGCAAAACUGCUCUUAAAGACAGGACCACAGGGCCUGUGUACACUGAGAUGAUCAACAACCUCCUGCAGCCACUUGUGGAGGCUAAAGAGUGCCGGCUGAUCCGCCAGAAUGUGUUCCACGCUCUGCCCAACACAGCCAACACCCUGAUAGGACGCGCCGCCCACAUCGCUGUCUUGGACUCUGAGCUUUUCCUGGAGAAGUUUUUCUUAGUGGCAGGGCUCAACUACUUCAAGUAAAGGUGCUAUACUGCAGGCUUAGGGGACAGAACAUGUUGGUGACUGGUUGCGCUGAUUUGGACGAUAAGGUCCUUAACUUCAAAUUGUAAAGUAUAUUUAAUGUAUAUAACCCCUGGUAUCCAAGAGACAAGGCCUGUAUAUCCAAUUUGUUAGGAUUGUUAGCAGUGUUAAAGAUCAGUGUUUUGUGACUGUUGAAAAUGCUAACUCCCAAGUCUGAGUUUGACGUGUAGCCAUGCAAAACAAAACAUCUGACAUCUAUCAUAGGAUUGAUUUUGGAUGUUUUAUGGCCUUAUUAAUAACCAGAGUCAGCGAGAACACAAACAGAUGCUAAUUAUGGUCGAAAGCAUUUACCUACUUUCCCUUUAGAGUUGUUUUCAGUAUGGCUGGUUGAUUAUUCUUUCCUUAGGGGUUACACCCAUGAUAGUCACUAUCCUUAGAACCAAGGCAAUAGAUGAGCAGCAUUUAUCCCCUUGAUUGUACAUGAAGUGUUUUGUUGUACAAAACAUAUAUGUUCCUUUAUACAGAAAUUAAUAUAUUGUUUUAAAUUAUUUUUUAUCUGCUUAUGUAUCUACAGUGUCGGUAGUCCAUCCAAAUGUGAUCUUUUGUGUGUUGUUCUCGUCAAAUCUAUCAAAUGAAAGCAAUGGAUGUGGAAGUGUUUCCCCAUAUAACCCCAAUAAUUCAGUAUAGUGGAUAUCUACAGACAUUUCAUUCAGUCUAACUCAUUGACCCUGAUUAGUUAAAGAGGGAAACACAGUAUCUUUGUAUUGGCUCUACCUGUUAUGUUAGCCUUCGCUUUUUUACGGAUUCUUUGCACUGAUUGAUUGUUGGUUGGUUGUAUUUUUAUUGAUAAUUUUCCAAGCCGUGCUCUCCUUAGUUACUGUUGCUGUGCCUGUCAAGCUUGCCAGACCCACAUGGCACAUAUACAGUUUACAGUGAUAACGGUGGCAAAUUACCAUUAACAUUCGGAGUCUCUUGUGAAAAAAUGAGUCCUUUAUUUCAGACAGUUAGACAAACGCAGGUUUCUUAUUCCUCUUAGAUCAGUUGUCUUAGAUGACAACAGCUGCCAAGAUCCUAUCAGCUUUAGCUCGCUAGCUAAUGUAAUGUUGGCUACAUGAUUGAAAAAAUGUUCUCAGGCUCGAAAGUUAGCAUCUUCCUUGUUCGCUCGACGAAAAGCCCACAGGAUGUAUCCAUUGGAUUUUGCAUUAUUGCAAAAAGUAAACUCUGUGAUAAACAAAAGUUUAUGACACUUUGACAUUUUGUUCUACAAAUGAAAACCACUUUUAUGAUUUUUGAAGUCAGUAGCACGACUUCCACGUGACCAGCACUAAGCUAAAGGCGGACUAUUGUUCAGUGUGAUGACUUGUAAUGUCUCCGACAACCUCUGGAGUCCCAUUUAGCACCUUGUUAGCAACCGCCUUUUUUAAGACUUCGUAAAAGCUUCAUAAUUAUACAGCGGGGUGUUUACUGACAUAUUUUAUGUCGUAGAGCAAAACACAAAAAUCUCUUGAGCUUGUGUUGACCACAGACCUUUUUUCAGGCAUCUAUAUAAAGUCCAUUCAAAAAAACAAUGACUUCGAGACGAGGAAACCCUAAGUGCAAAAAUGCUAAGUCAUUUUCUAAUUUAGGACUCAUUCUUACAUAAAUGUAUUACGGAAAGACAGACUGUUAUUUUGUUCUAUCAUCGCCCUGUUUGGCAGCUUAGCUUAGAUUUGUUUCAAUCAUUAUAUUUUCACUUUAACGUUAAAAAGAAAAAGGCAAAUAUAAAAUCCUGGCUUACGUUGAAAGGGUUUCUAGACUGUAAACUUUCCCAAAAUCCAAAUAAGAACAGAGAUGCUAACGUUAGCCUAACCUCCGAUAGCCUCCAUAACAGGUGAUGUCUUGUCCAAAAAUGGCCGCAUCCCCUUACCCUAACCUUAAGACUUCAGGGGUAUCGAUUUCAAUAGACCAGUAUGUUAUAUCGAAUAAUCCUCCCCACUUUAUGCGCAUGUGCAGACAUCUCGAUAGGGCACACAUUACGACAGGAUACCGGUUUCAGAUAAUAGAGAAAUAGCUACACAGGGAAUCUUCUGGGUGGGGCUUUUAUAAUGUGACCCACUAACUAACGCUACCUAGUUAGUUAACGAUGGGCUACUGGGCCUUGGUUAACGCUGUAAACUGAUUAAACUCUUGCUCUUUUAUUUAGGAAAGUCUAAAAAAAGAAUGCUGAGCAUCUCCCUUACUAUAGUCCCAUGUACUCACUUCAACAUGUGAAUAAAGCUUGACAGGCCUAUCGUGAAUAGUCAAUUCUUUGAUCUAACAGUAUUGAAGCAAAUCUAUUGCAUUAAACUACCUAUAUAACACGAUUAAGAUACUUGACUUUAUUUCCAUUUGUUCCUUGAAUCGUGUGACAGGGAGACAGAAAACAGGCUGACUGAUAUGAUUAACAGCAAAUCUACAACACUUAUAAUGUGAAAGAAACUCAUUAUCCAUGACUAUACAGUACAAUCUUAUGGUCUAAUGACCAUCACUUUCUUAAUGAACCGUUUUAAAUUGUGGAUUAAAAUUGUCUACAGAAGGAUAUAUUUCAUAAGGCACUCAUUAUUUUUUAAAUGGCUUAAAUCAGGGUGUCAUUGCUUUUGUUUUCUUGAAAAACUGGAUGAUUUUGCAUAAUGCGGACGGACCCACUGCCAAGAUUCUCCCUCAUUUUCUAUAAACCAACUUAAAUAUGAUGCAUGAUGAUAGCAGGGAAGCACCGUCAUACAGUAGCAGACACUGUCUUAUGUCCCUUAACUUAGACAAUGUCAUAUUCUUGAUCAUCUGCAUCUGUGUGUUUUAAUUUCUUCCACAACCUUUGCUGUCACAUCCAAACGUGACUUGAGAUGUCGUUUACCAGCACACAGGGUGAGGACUGUUCAUCGCUGAGCUGUCCAUCACAGGAUGUUUACAUUAUGACAUUAGAGAACUGUUAUCAUAGUGUUGCCACAGACAUCCCACAUCCAGCGAUAGUUGUGCAUCUGCUGCAUAUGUAUGUACAUACAGAGAGCUAUAUUUAACCUUUGCACUGGUUUGAUGGCAAGCGCACUUUAUCGAGAACCAUGAAUCAACCUCCACUAGCUUUACAAAAUCCAAACAUCUAUUUUUCUUGUGGUUCUCUUCGGUCUAUACAUGCGCUGCUUCUCUCCACCUGAAGGUCACAUCGUGCAUUUGUUUAAAAACUGACCACAGCUGUCCGUCUUGGCCAUUCAAGCAUUGUACCGUCUUCAAAGAGUACAAAAGAUGACAUCGCAAAGUACUCUUUUUUUGUUGUCGUGGUGCUGCAAAGUAAGCAGUGUGUCACCGUGAUUGACUCUAAUCAAAUGGGCUCCUUCAGGACGCAGAGAUCGCUCUCAAGAAGCCACUAAGCAAAGCUGCGUAAGCAAAACAGAGGGAGCUGCCGUGCAUCAUGCAUCAUUUCUCACCCCCCCCCACAACACCAACACAUACUGUAUAUGAAUGAGGCUUUAGCUUGUUUGCGUUUAGGGCCAUGCGUGUUUACUCAAAAGGGUCAGCGGGAAUCGAUGGAGGGAAAAAGUGCUCGUGGUGUUGAGACUUCAAGGACAAAUACUGGUUUGUAAUUGUUUCAUGAGAUGGAUUGCUGUGACUGUGUAGGAGGUUUUACUUGAAGGCAUUUAGUUCAGAAAUAAUUGUAUAUUCAUUUUUGCUGAACUCCAUUGUGUAGAAAACCUUAUUUUCUGGGUUUUGUAUGACUAAAUAUGUCUCCGAGAGUGUUAACUGUACAUUUAUGCUGCCGUCAUGACUGAGAAUGAAUUCAGAGGUGAUCUAUAAAUCCAAUAGAUCCUUGCAAGUGCUGUCAACCUUCAAAACUAGCUGACUUGAACCUUUUUGUAUUUGAUUGCCCUUUACUGAAAGUCCUGUUCAUGUGUAGUGUGUGUGUGGAGAAGGGUGUGUAAUGUGUGUGAAAUGAGACAUGUUAUCAUUGUCUGCCCGUUUCUGGAACAUCUUUCAUGUGUUUGAACCGAAUGUAUAAAAAAGCGUUUGACUUCACUGUGAGGAACAUGUAUUUAUUUCAAUCUGCACUUCUUUUGCUGAAUGUAUAACAUGUAAAGUACAAUAAGUACUACUUCAUCUGUGCCAAUACUACUCUAAUAUUUUUCUAUGUUGCUGACUGUGCUGUAUGUAUUCCUUAGUAGCUUGUGUUCUAUGUAAAAAUAUAAAUACAAAUAUAUAUAUAUAGCAUAGUAUUAUUAUAAACAGAUAUGAUGUGACAAUAAAAUUUUCCUUUUG